AUGCGAGCAAAGACGGACGUAGUACAGCUGGCUGGUUGGAGCUGCGAGGACGGUGGCGCUGUCGGCCGAUCCGCAGGCGCAGGGGAACCAGCUCCGUCGCGAGAGACACUCAACGCGGCUACGAGGUGGAGGCACAGUGAGGGGCACGCGACUGCCUGGGCAUGUACACUCCGCUCGAUGGCAAGAGGCUCUUCAUAUGCGCGGACGAAAGGCAAUCUAGCGCGCCCAUUCUUCCAUUUGCGCUCGACUCUCAUCCUCCUGAAAAACACAUCUGCGCAAGCGGGCAAGGUAUGCUGUGAGAGCAAGUCGCAGUGGCGAAGAAACGAAGGUGCAGCUCAAGAUCGCCCGAACAUGUCCCCCUUUCUGUCGCUCGCCAGUUCGGCUAGUCCGGCAUGGGGCAUAUCGUCUUGA